AUGAUUCCUCGGCAUCAUGCUGGUGCCUACUCCAACGGCUAUCCGCGCGGGAACACCUUCGACAUGUCCCCUCAUAGAUUCCAGCCUCGAGCGUCGACUCCGGCCCAGAGACGGCGCCAGAAGCUCCUCGCCCGCCUCGGGGUAGUCUUCGUUAUCCUCCUCGUCUUCAGCCUGUGGCUGUGGCCGUCUAGCCCCGUCGCCUCCCUCGUUUCCUUCGGCCUUCUCUCCACCGGCGACGGCCUCGAGCUCGAGACGGUCCGAUACUAUGACUUGACUAAUGUCCAGGGCACCGCCCGUGGUUGGGAGCGCGAGGAGCGCAUCUUGCUGUGCGUUCCUCUUCGCGAUGCGGAGCCACACCUCGCCAUGUUCUUCUCCCAUCUCCAUAAUUUUACCUACCCCCAUCAUCUGAUCGAUCUGGCUUUCCUCGUCUCCGACUCCAAAGACCGAACCCUGGAGGUGUUGUCAGAAAACCUGGAAGCGAUCCAGGCAGACCCCGACCCGAAGCAGCCAUACGGCGAGAUUUCCAUCAUCGAAAAGGACUUUGGACAAAAGGUCAACCAGGACGUUGAGAGUCGCCAUGGCUUUGCUGCACAAGCUAGCCGAAGAAAGCUGAUGGCUCAGGCUCGCAACUGGCUACUCAGCGCUGCCCUACGACCCUACCACUCCUGGGUGUACUGGCGAGAUGUGGACGUAGAGACGGCCCCAUUUACCAUCCUGGAGGACCUUAUGCGGCAUAACAAGGACGUUAUUGUUCCCAAUGUGUGGCGACCAUUGCCCGACUGGCUUGGCGGCGAACAGCCAUAUGACUUGAACUCGUGGCAAGAAUCAGAGACGGCCCUGGCCCUGGCCGAUACGCUAGACGAGGACGCAGUUAUCGUUGAAGGUUACGCCGAGUACGCUACUUGGCGACCCCAUCUUGCGUACCUUCGCGAUCCCUAUGGCGACCCCGACAUGGAGAUGGAGAUCGACGGUGUUGGAGGUGUCAGCAUCCUGGCAAAAGCUAAGGUCUUUCGAUCUGGUGUUCACUUCCCAGCCUUCAGUUUCGAGAAGCACGCUGAGACGGAGGGAUUUGGAAAGAUGGCCAAGAGAAUGCGCUACUCCGUCGUAGGCCUGCCGCACUACACUAUCUGGCAUUUAUACGAGCCCAGUGUGGAUGAUGUCAAACACAUGGAGGAGAUGGAGCGAGAGAGGCUUGCCCGCGAGAAGGAAGAGGAGGAAAGGAAGAAAAAGGAACAAAAGAUCAAAGAAGAAUUCAGCGAUACGAGGGGUGAGUGGGAAAAGGACAAGCAAGAGAUGAAUGAUCUCAAAGCCCAGCAACGGGCGGCGGAUGCAGACCAGGCCAAAGCUCUGCCUGUGGGAGAGAAGGCUUUUGACAAGGCCCCCGAGGGUAAAAAAGAGGUGGAAAGAGCUCCCGGAGGCGCCGCCGCGAAGCCUGAUGCUCCCGUGGAAGCAGCCAAGGCAGAAGUGAAUGCGCAGAAGGCCGACAAAGUGGAAGGAAAUGCGCAAAAUGAUGAGAAGGUGAAGGUGAAUGCACCAAAGGAAAACAAGGUGGCAGCUUAA